AUGUUUAGAUCAUUUAAUUCAAUAAAAGGAGAACUUAUUCCAUACCUUAUAAAGAAACAAUAUAGAAGAAAAAUUAAACGUGUCGAAGAGCAAGAAAUGUCAAAAGAAACAGUGGCGGAGGACAGCAAGAACGGUAAAUAUACUUUAUCAUUUUAUCGUUGAAUACAAUCCUGUCGAUAUAUCCCCAAGAUGGAUAAAUUUCUCGUAACUUGACGAAAUAUGUUUUAUUUGAAGUAAAUAUCAGUUUUGUCUAAGUCCAGUAAGGGCGAGUCCCUUGAUCAAGUAUUACUACAUGCAUGGCAAAACCUUUAGCGUGGAUAUGACACGAAACUGUUUUUUUUUAAUGUCUUAAAACUGUGGAGUAAUUUCUUCUAUAUAUUUUUUACUUCCAUGUUUGGUUGUUGAGAUAUUUUUUCUUUUCUAAAGCAUGUGACCGGGGAUAGAAUAGAAUAGAAGCUUUAUUUAUACAGGAGUCACAAUCAGUAAAAUACUGUUCUCCCAAGUGACAUGAGUGUGAUUGAGUGUUACGCGCGUGAAACUCUCUCAGUUUGUCAUCAUGAUGUGUUCGCACUGCUUGUUCCCAGUUGGUGACAAGUCUGGAACAAGUUGUUAUCAUUUUGUAACAAGGUUGAUGAGACCAACAGACUCCCAUGCAACAAGUCGUUGUUCCAACAAGUCUGAUAUGAGGUAUAGGUAUAACAAGUUGUUAACAAGUUGAUGAUGACUUGUCACAAAAAUUCUAAAUUGUUCUUGUUGGAACAACUUGUGUCAAAUCUGUUGGCGUCAUCAACCUUGUAACAAGGUGAUAACAACACCUGUUCCAGGCUUCUCACAACAACUGGGAAUAAGUACACAUCCUGAUAUCGGCUUGACAACAACCUCAUUUCAACUUGUUUGCAGAUCUCUAACAACUUGGCGCGUUUUUACGGGUGUAAACAUCAAUUGUGUGCGAAGCAAACGUAUUAGUUAUUUACAUACAGUAUAAUGGGAUGAUUAUUGACUGCAACUUUCGGCAAAUAAUAUGUUUUGUGCACCCGAGCCUGCCAAUGUUUUCCAGGCAAAGUCGAGGGGAACAUUGCAGUCGAGGCUCCUUAUAUAACAUAUCGUUUCUCGAAAGUCCCAGUCAGUAAGUAUUUUUUUAUAAUUAUACCAAGUGUCAAGGAAAACACCAAAACAAAAAGAAACUGAAAACUACCAUUUGUUUUAUAACUCGAUGAUUAAAGUAAUGUACGCCGCUCAGAAUGUUGCCAGGAGACGAAUUUCAUGACUAUCACGUGAUAUGCGCUUGUCCAAUGAGAUGCAAGAUGAACUGUGACUCUUGGUAUAUAAUAAGGCUUCCUAUCCUGAUGAUGAUGAAACGGAAUUAUUUAAGAUAAGCAUGAUUCAUACAGUACUGUCGUUUAAGACAAAACAGUAUUGCAUGUGUCGCAUUUUCUUCCAAUGAACCAACUUACUUUAUUUAUACAGCUGGAUAUAAUAAUAAUAAUUUAAUUCGCCACCAACACACAUAUCAUUCAAGAACAAAAAUAACUAUGUAUAGAGUACAAAGAUAGUAAAUAUAGUUAUUGAUUCAUGAUGUCAGUGGCAAGGAGUCACCCAGAAACCAUAGGGCUUAUGAAUAGGAUGUCUCCUUGAAACUUUGGUCUAAGGAUGUCUAGGAUGUCUCCUUGAAAUCUUGAGGUCUAAAAGGGCCAUCCUUCAUUGUUUGUCCAGUGUUGUAACAGGAUGAAACCAGAAUGGUAAAAUUAUUACCUUAAAAAUACAAAAAAUACCGUUGGUGUGGCAACUCGCUUGGGUUUUUUGGCAGUCUCUCAUAAACAAAUACACCAUACUGUUAGCCAAAGUCGUGAAAAUUCACUUGUUUCCUACACUAAUCUUUUAUGUUGACUUGUAACUAACCACAUAACUGCGUUUUAGAUAUUUUUAAUUAUAUUGAAAGAAAUGAGCUGGCUUCUUUGGCUCAAAGUUUGUCAACAUCAGAUCGUACAUGUACUGACGAAAUCAGAUGUCAUUGCUUUACUAUGGAUACUGGUCAUUGUUUGCGCAUUAAUACAGUUCCUAUGUAUAUGGAGUCGAACAGAUUAGUGAGUACAGCCUUAAACAUUACGAAAACUUUUAAUCAUACCCUUAUUUUGAUCAGAAAUAUUCGAAACGUAAAGUCGUUUUAUCGCGGCGCCAUUUAAAAUCGCUGGUGGCGGCUCAAAAACGUAAGAAUCCAAGGAUUUUUGUAACUAAAAAUACAACUAUAUUAAUAAAUUAUCAAUAAAAUCUAAGCCAGAAAUGAAAAUGCAAUCAAGCGUCACCAAGUCGAGGUGGGGUGGGUGAAGUAUAGUUUUCAAUAAUAAACUGUUUUCCUCAACCCGACUAAACAAAGUCCGAAGUCACUCAAGUCUUAUACCCCCUCCUACAUUACUAAAAGAGACUGUCGACCCGCAAACAAACAAGCCCUAAUCACCACCUUAUCCCAAAUCAACUGGACCCCACUUUACCACGUAACUGCUCUAGAUGAUCAAUUCAACCUAUUCUCGAACAAACUAUCCUCUGUUAUCGAUAGUCACCUCCCUCUGCGCACCAUAAAGUGUUACCCUAAAGAUAAACCAUGGAUCACUGCAGAUAUAAAAAAAUUCAUUUCCAAAAGGCAGAAAGCUUGGUUAACCAGCAACACUAUCAUGUAUAACGUUUAUCGUAACAAAGUUAGAAAACUAUGUAAAUCUGCUCGUCAGUCCUACUACGAUAAGAAAAUCCUUAAUACCAGUGAAUCUAACCCAAAAAAAUGGUACGAUAACAUCAAGUCUAUUUCUGGUCUAUCUAAAUCGGAACCUUU